UGCUGCUUUCGUGGUGAUUAUGGAUCAAUCUGACUCAGUCCCAAUGGCGAAUUAUGAGCGCAACUUGGGAAAGCGACGCAGGCGUAGUGAAGGAGAGUACUUGGGAAAGAAUGAAGGGGAAAAGGGAGUAUGCAACUUGGUGAAGUUCGAGCGCAACUUGGGAAAGCGACGCAGAUGUUGUGAAGGAAAGAAUGAGGGAAAAAAAGGUGUGUACAACUUGUUGGACAGAAUUAGUGCGAUGCCAGAUGAAAUUCUUGUCAGUAUAUUGUCUCUCUUGCCACUAAAGGAAGCCACAGCUACUAGUAUCCUUUCUAGACGUUGGCAGUAUGUGUGGAUGUCCACUAUGGUUCUCAACUUUGAUGCUAACUUUGAUGUUGGUAGCAAUAUCUGCCGCUUCGUAGCCCUCAAACGAAAAUUAAGAGACCUGGAAAGUGCUAGAUAUGUCAAUUGGGUGAAUCGUGUGGUGGAACGACAUAGAGGCCCAAACAUCGAGGAAUUCAGUGUUUGCUUUCAACUAAAUGAUCGGUUUACAAGUUCCAUUGACAAAUGGGUUCAGUUUGCAAUUGAAAAGGGAGUUACAACACUCGUGUUGAAGUUUUUUUCACAAUUGGACAGUGCUUCAUUAAAUUUCUAUGCGUUUCCCCACAAACUAUUAGGUCUCGAAAAGAAGUGCUUGUAUUCUUACAUUCCAAGUCUACACCCCUGUGGAUACAAAGUUGGAUUUCAGUCCCUCAAAGUUCUUCAUUUCCAAUGGGUUGAUGUUACUGAUGAAGUUCUUGAAUACUUCUUGUCCAACUGUGCAGUUCUUGAACGGGUAACUGUGUACGGAACAAAAAGUUUGGUUAAUUUAAGAGUUGUUCGUCCAUCGGCUGCAUUGAAGCAUUUAGCUAUAGGAGCUUGUCUUGGCCUUCAAGGCAUAGAGAUUUGUGAGGCAAACCUUGUUUCAUUUAAAUAUGACGGAAGUGUGACAAACCUGCUUCUCACUAAUGUACCAUUGCUUGUAGAGGUGUCCAUUUCCUACAUUUCCAACCCCCGUGCAUUCAUAGAGCUUUUCUCUAGCCAACUUUCAUGCUGCCUUUCGCAACUGGAGAUUCUCAUGCUGACAAUCACUAGAGUGGAUUAUAAUCCGAAACAUGUGUUUCCUAUGCUGGCAAAUCUCAAGCAUUUGGAAUUAAUAGUUCGUGCGGAUUACCGUCUGGCUCUUCAUCAUUUAACUUCUUUUCUAAAAGCAUCUCCUUUCUUGCAAAGACUUGUGUUGAAGUUGGAUUUCAUUGUAUCCCUGGAGGACAUAGAAAAAAUAAAGAAAGCUGCGAAAUGCCCCCAUCAUUACCUCAAGGUAGUAGAAAUAGUCGGGUAUCGUGCGCGUGCAUCUGCUGUUGAUCAUAUCUUGUUCUUAAUAAAGAGUGCUACUGCAUUAGAGAAAAUUGUUAUUGAUCCUCUCCGACGUUGGGCGUAUCCCUGUGAACCGGGUAGUGAAGAACUCUCUGAUGAGGCAGAGGCAAGAGAGCACGCUGUGCAACUCAUUAAAACAAAAUUGCCUUCAACUGUUGAAUUUGUAUGCCUGUAGUUAGUACAGUGCUUAAAUUAUAUCGAGAUCGUGCAAGGCUUAAAUUAUAUCGAGAUUGUGCUGAGGCUUAAACCAUAGUCGAUUUUUGUUUUGUUCCCCGAAGUUUUUUUACUGUUCAUUCUAUAAUUAGAUUGUUGCAUUUCGAUUA